AUUUUAUUUUUUAGGAAUUAUUUAAAAUCUUAAUCCAAUAAACUUCCUUUUAAUUAAUUUUGGAAAUCAACACGAUUUUUUACACUUUGGACUUGGAGGCGCGAUACUAGACGGUACCAGUGUCCCUGUACUGUACUGUAUAGUUUUCUUUUCUGAGUUACAUUUCAGCGCGGUGGACUCAUUAUUACAUCUCCGACGCCUGCAGCGGCGGCAAUACUAAGUUCGUCGAUCUUAACAAGAUGCAACAACAGAACGAAGAAACAGUCGUAGCAACAGUGAUGAAUCAAGAAGAAGAUGACGAGUUUGAUUCUAAGGAAAGAGUUCUUCAAAAGUACUUCCUUCAAGAAUGGAACCUCGUCAAAUCAUUCCUCAACGACACCGUUUCAAAUUCUCGCGUCACCGAUCCUUCAUCCGUUCGCAAAAUCAGAUCCAUCAUGGACAAGUAUCAAGAGCAAGGACAACUUCUAGAACCUUAUCUCGAAAGCAUAGUUCCGCCAUUGAUGAACAUUAUUCGAUCAAGAACAAUCGAACUCGGUGUAAUUUCGGAUGAAAUUCUCGAAAUAAUUAAUCCAAUAUGCAUAAUUGUGUAUUCAGUAGUAACUGUUUGUGGAUAUAAAUCAGUGAUUAAGUUUUUUCCUCAUCAAGUUUCUGAUCUGGAACUUGCUGUAUCUCUACUGGAAAAAUGUCAUCACACAAAUUCGGUUUCGUCAUUGAGAGAGGAAAGUACCGGUGAAAUGGAAGCGAAAUGUGUGAUGUUGUUGUGGCUUUAUAUACUUGUAUUGGUUCCUUUUGAUAUAUCUAGUGUUGAUACUAGCAUUGUAAGCAGUGAUAAUCUAAGUGAGUUUGAGCUUGUACCUCUUGUAUUGAGGAUAAUAGGGUUUUGUAAGGAUUAUCUCUCAGCUUCUGGGCCUAUGCGGACUAUGGCUGGAUUAGUGCUAUCAAGGCUACUUACUCGUCCUGAUAUGCCAAAAGCCUUUACGAGCUUUGUCGAGUGGACGCAUGAGGUAAUGUCAUCUGUAACUGAAGAUGUACUCCAGCAUUUCCAAUUACUUGGUGCCAUUGAAGCACUGGCUGCUAUUUUCAAGGCAGGCAGUCGAAAUCUUUUGCUUGAUGUAAUUCCUAUCAUCUGGAAUGACACUUCAUUGUUGUACAAGUCCUCAAACGCGGCUCGAAGUCCAUUGCUCCGCAAGUAUCUGAUGAAGUUAACCCAAAGGAUUGGGCUGACUUCCCUUCCUCAUCGUUUACCCUCAUGGCGUUAUACGGGAAGAACCGCCAAACUAAAUAUUUCUUUGAACACAUCCAGCACAGCUAAUCAGUCCAAUUUGGGUUUGAACAACAAUUACUCCAACUCAAUUGAACUACUUACAGAUGAGGCAGAAGAUGAGGAGGAUAUGGAUAUUCCAGAAAAUGUUGAAGAGAUCAUUGAGAUGUUGCUAUCUGGUUUGAGGGAUAUGGACACUGUUGUCCGUUGGUCUGCAGCGAAAGGUAUUGGUCGCAUAACUUCACAUUUAACAUCUUCCCUUUCUGAGGAAGUUUUAUCCUCUGUUUUGGAGCUGUUUUCACCUGGUGAGGGCGAUGGUUCAUGGCACGGAGGCUGCUUAGCUUUGGCUGAACUUGCUCGCAGAGGCUUGCUCUUACCUGCUAGUCUCCCCAAUGUUGUUCCCGUUGUUGUGAAGGCACUGCAUUACGAUGUUCGGAGAGGUCCGCAUAGUGUAGGGUCUCAUGUACGUGAUGCUGCUGCAUAUGUAUGCUGGGCAUUUGGACGUGCAUACUAUCACAAAGAUAUGAGGAACGUUUUAGAGGAGCUUGCUCCGCACCUCUUAACAGUGGCAUGCUAUGACCGUGAGGUUAACUGCAGAAGAGCAGCAGCAGCUGCUUUUCAGGAGAAUGUUGGAAGACAAGGGAAUUAUCCGCAUGGCAUUGACAUUGUGAAUACUGCAGAUUAUUUUUCACUUUCUUCUCGGCCGAACUCUUAUCUUCAUGUUGCCAUCUCCAUUGCUCGAUAUGAAGGAUAUCUUAUUCCAUUUGUGAGUGACCUGCUGGAUAGAAAAAUUUGUCACUGGGAUAAAAGCUUUCGAGAACUUGCUGCAGAGGCCCUUUCUUUUCUUGUAAAAUAUGACCCUCAGUAUUUCGCGAGUGCUGUUAUGGAAAAGUUAAUUCCUUGCACUCUUUCAUCUGAUUUGUGCAUGCGCCAUGGUGCAACGCUGGCAACUGGGGAACUUGUUUUUGCUUUACAUCAAUGCAAUUUUGUUCUUCCCUCAGAUAAACAGAAAACUCUUGCAAAUGUCGUUCCUGCUAUUGAGAAAGCACGUCUUUAUCGUGGAAAGGGAGGAGAAAUAAUGCGUGCUGCUGUUUCUCGAUUUAUUGAAUGCAUAUCCAUAUCUAAAGUGGCAUUACCAGAAAAGAUAAAGAAAAGCCUACUCGAUACUCUAAAUGAGAAUUUGAGGCAUCCUAAUUCUCAGAUACAGAAUGCUGCUGUUAAAGGCCUGAAACAUUUCAUCUGUGCAUACUUACUAGAUUCAGAUAAUAAAAGUACUAGUGAUUUAACAGCAAAGUACCUUAAUAUGUUGACUGAUCCAAAUGUAGCUGUAAGAAGAGGAUCUGCAUUGGCAAUAGGUGUCUUCCCAUAUGAGUUAUUGGCCUGUCAAUGGAGAAAUGUGAUUUUGAAGCUUUGUGGCUGUUGUAAAAUUGAGGAAAACCCUGAUGAAAGAGAUGCUGAAGCACGGGUAAAUGCUGUCAAAGGGCUUGUAUCAGUAUGUGAAACAUUAGUUAGGGGAAGAGAGAAUACUGCUACCUCUUUCAAUGAGAAUGAUUUUUCUCUGUUUAUUCUUAUAAAGAAUGAAGUGAUGACGAGUUUAUUUAAAGCUCUUGAUGACUAUUCUGUUGAUAAUAGAGGUGAUGUAGGUUCUUGGGUUCGUGAGGCUGCAUUAGAUGGCCUUGAAAAAUGUACAUAUAUGCUCUGUAAGAUCGACAAGUCAGGUUGCUUGUCUGGAGAAUCAGUUAGAAAUGAAAUUGGAUCUGUAGUGCAUCCUUUGACUGAUAGUAUGCUUAAGAACAAUGAGGAGCUUUUAUUAUUCGAUGAAAGUCUUGCUGCCAAUUUAGUUGGAGGGAUAUGUAAGCAAGCUGUGGAGAAGAUGGAUAAGUUGAGAGAAGCAGCAGCAAACAUUCUCUACAGAAUUUUGUACAAUCAGAUUAUUUAUAUUCCACAUAUACCUUUCCGAGAGAAGUUAGAAGAAAUCAUUCCGAAGGAAGCAGAUGCAAAAUGGGCUGUUCCUUCUUACACUUACCCACGCUUCGUACAGCUGCUUCAGUUUGGUUGUUAUAGCAGAAAUGUGCUAUCAGGUUUAGUCAUAUCUAUUGGUGAUUUGCUAGAUUCUUUGAAGAGGGUAUCACUCUCGGCACUAUUAGAGUAUUUAAGAGGGGUUGAAUCUGAAGACCCUAAUACAAGAACACUCAGGGAGUAUAUGCUAUCAGUUGACAUCCUGUGGGUUCUCCAACAAUACAGAAAAUGCGACAGAGUCAUUGUACCCACUUUAAAGACCAUUGAGAGUUUGCUCAGCAAAAAGAUAUUCCUUAAUAUGGAGGCUCACACCCCAACUUUUUGUGCUGCUGUUUUGGAUUCUCUGGCAAUAGAAUUGAAGGGAUCAAAAGACUUCUCCAAAUUGUAUGCUGGUAUUGCAAUACUUGAUUAUAUAGCUUCAGUACCAGAACCAAUCAAUACAAGGGCCUUUUCUCAACUUCUUACUUUUCUUGGUCAUCGGUACCCUAAGAUUCGGAAAGCCUCAGCUGAACAUGUCUACCUUGUCCUCCUGCAAAAUGGGAAUCUUGUGGCUGAAGACAAGAUUGAGAAAGCACUUGAAAUUAUUUCCGAGACAUGCUGGGACGGCGACAUGAGUUUAACAAAACAUCAAAGAUUGGAAUUGUUUGAGUUGGUUGGUUUGGAGGUGGGGCCAUCCAGCAAGAAUAGUGAUGGAACAAGGAAAACCAGCAGUAAGAAGCCUAAAGACUUGGAUGAAAAUGCAUCAUAUUCCUCCUUAGUUGAGUCAUCUGGGUUCUGAUUGUUGUUGGUGCAAUUCUAGAUUUAGUGUGUGAAUGAACGUUUGGCAAAUGUGUAAUCUUUGUUGGACUUGAUUUUGUAAAAUUAAAUUAAUUAAGAUUGCAGUUAAAGUGAAGUGAUUUAUAGAGGUAUUUUUACUCUACAAGUAA